AUGGCGCUGUCGCUGGACCUGGAGCUGUCGCUGCCGGACGAACUGGAGACGGCCGCCUCCAAGCCGCCCGGCCAGUACGGCGCGCCCAGCAUGGCCAACGGCACCGCCGACUCCGGCCACAUGCACAUGAUGAUCAACAAGCAGCAGCUGGCUGGCAUGGGCCGGCCCGUCGGCGCACUGCAAAUGGCGCCGAACGCGGUCGUCUCGAAGGGCGCGCUGGUGCGGCCGAUGGACGCCCCCGGGAUCCCCAUGACCAGCCUGCAUGGCCGCCUGCCCAUGUCGAACGCGGGCGGCAUGCACCAGGCGGGCGUGUCGAUGCACGCCAGCGUGCCCGGGGUCUCCAUGGGCAACCUGGCGCAGCAGCUGAUGCAGCGUCAGAUGGCGCCUCAGUCGGGCGGGCACAUGCAGGUGCGUCCGACCAUGGGUGCGAUGAACCAGCUGGGCGGGCCGCAGCCACCCACCCAGCAGAGCUUUAACUUCCCGGGGCAGCAGCGGCUCAUGGCGCCGGCCGCCUCGGUCAGCAACGGCACCACGACCGGCCUGUACUCUGGACAGGGACGCGCGCCGCACUCCGCCGGUGACCCCGAGAAGCGUAAGCUGAUCCAGCAACAGCUGGUGCUGCUGCUGCACGCGCACAAGUGUCAGCGUCGCGAGCAGACCGGAGGCGACCACACGGAGUGCAAGCUGCCACACUGCCAGACGAUGAAGGACGUGCUGAACCACAUGACGGAGUGCCGGGAGGGCAAGUUGUGCCGUGUGCCGCACUGCGCCUCCUCGCGCCAGAUCAUCACCCACUGGAGGAGCUGCAUUCGCACCAACUGCCCGGGGUGCCUGCCGCUGAAGCAGACCGAGCCGGCGGUAUCGGCCACGGCCGCCGCCGCCGCCGCCUUCCAGAACAGCCGCCAUGACCUGCCCAGCUGGGCGUCCGACCUCAACAACGACAGCGCCAACAGCGCGCUGUCUGGCAACGCCGACUUCCGGGCGAUGCUGGACCCAGUGACGGCGGCGCCUGUGCAUCACACCAAGGAGUGGCACAUGCAGGUCACACCCGACCUGCGCACCCACCUCGUGCGCAAGCUGGUGCAGGCCAUCUUCCCGACGCCCGACCCCAGCGCUAUGCUGGACCGGCGCAUGCACAACCUCGUGGCGUACGCCAAGAAGGUGGAGGGCGACAUGUACGAGAUGGCAAACUCGCGCUCCGAUUACUACCAUCUGCUGGCGCAGAAAAUUUACAAGAUCCAGAAGGAGCUGGAGGAGAAGCGCCAGCUGCGACAGGUGGCGGUGAAGGUGUCGCCGGGCGCAGCCGGCGCCCCAGCGCCUCCGCGGCCGCUGGCGCCGCCGCCGCCGCCGCCGCCGUCUCAGCCGCAGCCACCGCAGCCGCAACAACAACAACAGCAACUGCAACAACAACAACAGCAACUGCAACAGCAACAGCAGCAACAGCAGCUUCAAAAGCAGCAGCAAGCACAGGCACAGUCGCAGCAGCAAGCACAGGCACAGCCGCAGCAGGCACCGUCUCAGCCGCAACCGCAGUCUGAAGGCAAGAUGGAGGUGCAGUCGGAAGGAGGCGAGCCCGGCGGCCAUACCAGCGCGCCGCCCACGCUUCACGCGCGGGUCAAGACUGAGCCGGCCGAUAUCAAGCCGGAGCCCAUGGACGAGACCAGCUGGGACAAGGCUUCCGUCAAAUCGGAGCCGGCGACGGCGAAGGAAGAGCGCAGCAGCCCGUCGGCGGAGGCGGCCGCCACGCCCUCGGACGCCCGCGCCACGGCCACGCCCAAGGCCGAGAGGAAGCACAAGCCCCUGUUCUCGCCGGACGAGCUGCGGCACGCGCUGAUGCCCACGCUGGAGAAGCUGUACCGCCAAGAGCCCGAGUCGAUACCGUUCCGACAGCCCGUGGACCCGGGCGCGCUCGGCAUCCCCGACUACUUUGACAUCAUCCGCAAGCCCAUGGACCUCUCCACCAUCAAGCGGAAACUGGACAUUGGCUCCUUCAAGGACCCGUGGGAGUAUGUUGAGGACGUAUGGCUUAUGUUCGACAACGCCUGGAUCUACAACCGGAAGACGUCCAAGGUCUACAAGUUUGCCUCCAAGCUGUCGGAGGUGUUCGAGCAGGAGAUGGACCCGGUGAUGCAACAGCUGGGCUACUGCUGCGGUCGCAAGUACACCUUCCAGCCGCAGACGCUCUGCUGUUUCGGCCAGUCGCUCUGCAGCAUCCCGCGCGACGCCAAGUAUUUCAGCUACCAGAACCGCAUCACCUAUUGCGUCAAGUGCUUCAACGAGAUUCAGGGCGACUCGGUCAGCAUCGGCGAGGAGACCACGCAGCAGUCCAUGGCCAUCAAGAAGGAGAACUUCGUCGAAAUGAAGAACGACAACUUCGAGAUGGAGGCGAUGGUGGAGUGUACGGACUGCGGCCGCAAGCUGCACCAGAUCUGCGUGCUCCACAUGGACGUCAUCUGGCCGCAAGGCUUUACCUGUGAUAACUGCCUCAAGGCGAAGGGCGCGAAGCGGAAAGAUAAUAGGUUCAAUGCGAAGCGUUUACCUGCAACCAAGCUAGGCACCUACAUAGAAAAUCGAGUCAACAACUACCUGAAGAAGAAGGAGUCGGGCGCUGGUGAAGUGUUCAUACGUGUGGUGUCCAGCGGCGACAAGAUAUGUGAGGUGAAGAGCGGCAUGAAGGCUAGGUACUGCGACACGAACGAGAUGCCGUACAAGUUCCCUUACCGGGCGAAGGCGCUGUUCGCCUUCGAGGACGUGGACGGCCACGAAGUGUGCUUCUUCGGCAUGCACGUGCAGGAGUACGGCUCGGACAGCCCGCAGCCCAACCGGCGCCGCGUGUACGUGGCAUACCUGGACUCCGUGCACUUCUUCCGGCCGCGCCAGUUCCGCACGUCCGUCUACCACGAGAUCCUGCUGGCCUACCUGGACUACGUCAAGCAGCUGGGGUACACGAUGGCGCACAUCUGGGCGUGUCCGCCUUGCGAAGGCGACGACUACAUCUUCCACUGCCACCCGGCCGACCAGAAGAUCCCCAAGCCGAAGCGGCUGCAGGAGUGGUACAAGAAGAUGCUGGACAAGGGCAUCAUCGAUCGCAUCGUGAUGGACUACAAGGACAUCCUGAAGCAGGCGGCCGAGGACUCGAUCCGCACGCCGGCCGAGCUGCCGUACUUCGAGGGCGACUUCUGGCCGGGCAUACUGGAGGAGAGCAUUCGCGAGCUGGACCAGGAGGAGGAGGAGAAGCGACGCCAGAUGGAGGCGGAGGAGGCGCGCGCCGCUGCCGCCGCCGAGCCCGAGGUCGAGAGUCCCGCGCCCGACGGCAAAAAGAAGGGCGCCAUCAAGAAGCAGAACAAGAAAAACACCAAAUCGAAGUCGACCAGCAAGAACAAGUCGAAGAAGUCGAACCAGAGCGGCAACGACCUGUCGACCAAGGUGUUCGCGCUGAUGGAGAAGCACAAGGAGGUGUUUUUCGUGGUGCGGCUGCACUCGGCGCAGUCGGCGGCCAGCCUGCAGCCGAUCCAGGACCCGGACCCGCACAUCCAGUGCGAGCUGAUGGACGGGCGAGACAACUUCCUCAGUCUGGCGCGCGAGAAGCACCUGGAGUUCUCGUCGCUGCGCCGCGCCCUGGGCGCCACGCAGCACAUGCUGUACGAGCUGCACAACCAGAACCAGGAGACGGUCGUCUACACGUGCAAUACCUGCAAGAACAACAUCGACACGCGCUACCACUGCACAGUCUGUGACGACUUCGACCUGUGCGUGUCGUGCUACGAGAAGGAGCGGCACCCGCACAAGAUGGAGAAGCUGGGCUUCGACCUGGACGGCGAGACGAGCGAGCGUGCUGGCCAGUCGAACUCGGACAUCCGCCGGCAGUCGCUGGAGCGCUGCAUCAAGUCGCUGGUGCACUCGUGCCAGUGCCGCGACGCCAACUGCCGGCUGCCCAGCUGCCACAAGAUGAAGCGCGUCGUCUCGCACACCAAGUCGUGUCGCAAGAAGGUCAACGGCGGCUGCCCCAUCUGCAAGCAGCUGGUGGCCGUCUGCUGCUACCAUGCCAAAUGCUGUAAGGAGGAUAAGUGCAUGGUGCCGUUCUGCAACAGCAUCAAGUCGCGACUGGCGCAUCAGCAGAUGCAGGCACAGUUGCAGAGUAACGCGCUGCUGCAGCGGAGGAUCGCCCAGAUGCGCUCGGCCAGCGGCGGCAGCAUGGCGGCGUCCCAGCAGCUGGCCGGCCAGCCGCCCGGCCGCCUGCUGCCCGGCAUGAACGACUGGAGCAACAGGUUCGCCGGUCCCGGACCGGGCCCCGGCCUGGUGCAGGCGACGGCGGCCGGCGGGCCGCCGCUGCGGCAGCCGGGGCCGGCGGUGGCGGCUGGCAGCGCCGGCCCGAUGCUGCGCGGCCCCACCGGCCAGCAGGCGUCGCCGCGCUCCAACAUCCCUGGCCUGCAGGAGCUGCUGCACAGCCUCAAGAACCCGACCGGGCCUCAGGCGCAGCAGAACGUGCUGCAGAUCCUCAAGUCGCAUCCGCAGCUGAUGGCGCAGGUGAUCAAGAUGCAGCACCAGAAGGCGCAACAGCAGCAGCAACAGCAGGCGCAACAGCAGCAGCAGCAGGCGCAACAGCAGCAGCAGCAGCAGCAACAGCAACAGCAGCAACAGCUCCCGCAACAUCCCCAGGCCCAGGUCAGCCAGCAGCAGAUGAUGCAGCCGGUGAUGCAGCCGCAGCAGCAUCAGCAGCUCCAACGCAUACCGGCCGGCGGCAUCGUGGUCCAGGGCCAGAUGCAACCCGGCCAGAUGACGCCCCAGCAGCAGCAGCAAUGGGCCGUCAAACAGCAGAUCAUGGCUAUGCAACGGCAACAGCAGCAGCAACAACAGCAACAACAACAGCAACAGCAGCAGCAGCAACAGCAGCAGCAGCACAGCUUCCAGCAGCCGCAGUCCAUGGGGUACGGCCAGCGACCGCGGCACGCCAUGGGCAUACAGCAGCAGCAGCACUUCCAGUCGGACGGCGCGCAGUUCGGCGGCCAGUUCUCGCAGCAGCAGCAGAUGCUGUUGCAGCAGCAGAUGAAGGCGAGCCCGCAGUCGGCGUCACCACAUCAGGGCAUGAUGGGGCCGCCGGGCGGCAUGGCAGUGCCGUCGCCGCAGCAGAUGCUGCAGCAGGUGUGCUCGCCGCCUCCGGGCGGCCUGCCGGCGGCCGUGCGCUCGCCGCAGCCCAGCUCCUCACCCCGCCAGAUGGGCGGCUACCACGCGCCGUCGCCGCACCGGCCUGCCUCGCACUCGCCGCACCCGGCCGCCGCCGGCCACGGCCUGGCCGGGCCCGAUAUCGGCAACGAGAUGAUGCUCUCGCAGCUGGCGGGCGUAACGCGCCACGCGCCUGCCGCGUUCGGCUGGAAUCUGCCGCCUGCCAGCGCAGCCAAGCAUUGA